AUGCCCAAUGCGUCUCUUGCGCCCUUUUAUAACCUUUACCUUUAUGUACUACACGACUUUGUUCUGCAACUGCAUCAGACGAAGCAGUUGCUCGUUUCUCCAUCUGAACCGCAAUAUUUUCUGUUUUCUUUGCCAAGGGAUAUCGACUCAGUGGUUGUUCAUAUCCAUUCGACAGACAAACUCUGUAUGAUCGUGUCUGUUCAGCCUGCAAAGUGUCCGGUGGCUGAUAUCUUAGAUACUGUUAAAUAUUCUGGUGUUUACCAAACUGUCACAACUCUUGGAGCCAUAACUGUCAGUAAAGUGGAACAAAAUGUAACGGAAUUUUUGGUUGUGCUGGUCCUGAAACCUGAAGAUGCUGAUUGUGGUGGUGCAGCUACGGUUAUCAAACCUGGGAAUGGCUCUAUUCCUCGAGUAAAAAAUGUUACAAUAACAGUCACUCCUAUCCUUGCAGGUUUGAACAUUCACUUUGACAGACGAAAUUUGGCAAGUGCCUCUCCUCCGCCCCAGACAAACUACGACAGUCAAAUUAUGUCAGUGACCUAUGCUCAUUUGCCCAUUGAAGAUGCCACAACUCGUGCACGUCGUGUAGCCGGUCCUAGCACCUCACUUGCUUCUGUAUCUCAGGUCUCUAUCUCCACUUUAACAUCUGCUGUCUCUGGGUCUUAUCAGAGACCACCGCCACCGUCUCACAGCCUCUUCAGCUCCUCCUCGUCUUCUGACCUCAACGAUAUUGACGCUGACUCCAUUCGGCUCCAGUCUGCUGCACGACGCAAGCCCAAAAAAGUACGACGACCACCAUAUAUUGCGCUACCUCCGCUGCAGCGCACAAAACAACAUCAUCGACGCAGCAUGAGCUACGGAAGCACACGAGACAUGGCACUGAGGGGGGCACCAGGUCGGGUGGAGCGGUGCUCCACUUGUUCAAGAAUUAGUCUUGGUCUGGACGCAGGUUCUGGUAGUGUUUUGGAGGGUGGUAACGUUCAUACUGGUAACAUUCGUGGAGCUCUCGGUGGUAGUGGCGGACGGCCGAUGGCGAGGCAAUCGGAGGAGGCUCCGUCGACUUCUCCUCAGCCUCAGAUUGAUAUCACCCCUCUCUCUGACAUGCGGACGUACAGGCACGUCAACUUACAUAGCAGAACUCUCUUCGUGUCAGAUCUUGCGCGUAAACGCUACUCAACGUUGGACAGGAAGUAUCUCCUUUACUUUUGGUACCUUAUCAUAAUUUCAAUUUUCUACGGCCUUCCCGUGGUCCAACUGGUCAUGACAUACCAGAGAGCUUUGCAUGACACCGGUAACGAGGACAUGUGCUACUACAAUUUUGAAUGUGCUCAUCCUCUUGGCGUGUUCACGGCUUUCAACAACAUCAUCUCCAACAUUGGAUACGUGAUGCUCGGUCUACUCUUUCUUGGACUCACCGCUCGUCGGGACCUCAUGCAUCGUCGUGCCAAGAAAUUCGGGCUCCAUUGCGCUCGAGUGAGUUUUCCCAUCCCAUUCAUUCCCAUCUCUUCCUCCGUUCCCUCACUACUUACUGUUCUCAUCCUAUCCAGGACCUCUAUGUAUUCACGCGACAUAGCUGGGGGUCUGGAUGAGGGACAGGAGUACGUCUCCUCCCCAGUCCUCUCCGUUCCCUCCUCCACCGACCCCAUGGUUACCGUAACUCAUUCUGGCGGUCAUCGUCUCUGUUCCUGUCUUCAUUCGCUCCGAUGUCUCGGCUUUACAUCUGAAUCGCCUGACAGUCAUCCCUCCAAUGUGGACACCAUUGCACCACCGAAAGACCACCAGAGCAAUGAUGAGGAUGAUGCUGGGGGGGAGAGAGAAACGGCCUACGGAAUACCACAGCAUUAUGGCCUCUUUUACGCUAUGGGCUUGGCCUUAACUAUGGAGGGGCUACUCAGUGCCUGCUAUCACAUAUGUCCAAGUUUCUCCAACUUCCAGUUUGAUACCGCAUACAUGUACAUAUUGGCUCUGAUUCUGAUGCUGAAGAUCUACCAGACACGCCACCCCGACAUCAACGCCUCGGCCCACUCGGCCUACAUGGUGAUGGCUGUGGUCAUUUUGGCUGGUGUUACUGGCGUGCUCUACGGUGGUGAGACCUUUUGGGUGCUUUUCACCAUUGUCUUUCUGACCAUGAGCGUUUGGUUGACGGCUGAAAUUUACUACAUGGGCCAGUGGAACUUUGACAUAUGCCUUCCGAGACGUCUCUACAAUCUUAUGCGUUCCGAUGGAAUUAACUGCCUGACGCCAAUGUACAUGGAACGCAUGGUCCUUCUCCUCGUUGCCAACUGUGUCAACAUUGGAAUAGCUGUAUUCGGAUUGUUCACUCGACCCAGAGACUUCUCAUCUUUUCUGCUCUCCAUCUUCUUGAUCAACCUACUGAUGUACUAUUUCUUCUACGUAAUCAUGAAGUGUCGCUUUCGGGAACGAUUCCACUGCAUCCCUGUGUUGUACAUUCUCCUUGCAUGUAUCGCGUGGGGCUCCGGCAUCUACUUUUUCCUUCAACACUCGACCACCUGGGAGGUUACUCCGGCCCAAUCACGCGCUUUGAACCAGCCAUGUAUCUUCCUCGGCUUUUAUGAUGUUCAUGACGUCUGGCAUUUCCUCUCCUCCGUUUCUAUGUUCUUCUCCUUCAUGUCAAUCAUGACUCUUGACGACGAUCUAAUCAACACCCCCAGGAACAAGAUCCCUGUCUUUUGA